GGCGAGCGGGAGGCAGCGGGCGGACGAGAGGCUGCAGACAGAAGCGGUGCCGCAAGCAUCACUGGGCGACCUGCUCGUCGACUUCUGGUCACAACCACCGCCAACCACGACCACCACCGACAACACCAAACCUUGCGCCGACCUGUCAUGGCGCCAUCCUCUGGCCGAUCGCAGCGCCGCGGUGCGGACACGGAGGUAGGACCGGGGGAGGCGGCUCCCUCCUGUGGCGGCACCCUCGCACCCUGGAGUUAACUUCCAACCUCUUGGGUCCUCAACCACUUCUCGCCAAAUCUGGAGCUGCCGGUACACGACAAUGUCGCCUCUUUGCAGAGAGCAGGCAGGAGGUCGGUGGAGUGAGGUGCCGGGGUCAGGGGUCAGGGGUUGGAUAUGGAGACGAGGCCAACAGCCUGCAGUCAGUGGCGCUGAACUCUUGGGACAUUGUGCGCCAUGGUGAUGUCACUGACACUGACUGACUCGUGGAGGUGGCUUCCUGUCACCUUACAUGUACUCUUGUGACUUACUGCCACUGUCACUGCCACUGCCACUGCCACCCUACUGAGGACAGCUGGUGACAACAGCGGCACUUGUGACCUACUGCCACUGUCACUGCCACUGCCACCCCACAGAGCACAGCUGGCGACAACAGCGGCACUUGUGUAGCGGCAUGGAGUACUUUGAUGUGCACCACGGGGUGUCCUACACGUGACUGCCACUUGUGACUGGCUUGUGUCACAAACUGCGAGGGUGACUUGAUGCUGUCACUGUGGUCACGUGUCUCGAUGACACAGAUUUCAGUGUAGAUGUGUCACUGUCGACAUCGUCAUGUGACUGCCACACUUACCUUGUGUCACACAUCUACAGUUUGCUGUGCUGUCAUGUUGAGUGGACGUGACACAAGAACCGACGGUGGGACGGCGACACGUGUUGGCCAGUACUGCCAUCUUGUGGUGAGCAUGCGCAGUGGAGCGCUAUCCAGGGUUCCAUAACAUGUCCUUCACCUCCAGGGUUGUCAAGUGACGUCACAGCGUAUGACAAGGUCAGACGUGUCUGUACUUCUAUAUAGGACAAGGUCAGAUGUGAAUACACGAGGUCAGACGUAUAUGCACUGAUAUCUAGGUCGAGGUCAGACGUAACCAUGAGCAGCGGACCGCCCAGACAGCAAACCACACAAUCGAGGGGCAGACCUCGCCCUGAGCUGAUUUCUCCGCUUGGUGGCGUUGACAUCGACAUCCGUCACAUGGACGAUGACCCCUUGUCGGCCAGUGCUGAGGUCGUUACAGACCCGGAUGAUGACCGACAGUCCAGUGGACAGCGACAAGGACUCACUGACUGUCACUCGUCCACGUCAUCCUGCCGGCCACACGCGGACACGCAUGACCGCUCCAGCCGCUUCUCUGAGGACAGUCGCCCCAUGUUCUCACCUGUCCCCGCCGAGUUCAUGGACGACGACGACAGACCUCACGGCACACCUCGUCACGAGGCCAGGAUGGCCAGAGACGCCGCGUCACUGCCCGCCAUCCAUGUUGACCGCUCGGACAAGACACAAGACACGGCGGUCAUGGAGUUUGCUCGGCAGCCCGAGGAGCUCACGGAGGGCCUGGAAAGUCCCACCAGCGAGCGUCUACGAGUGCCCUCCCCUUUGCUGUACCGGAAGACCGACGGCCGAGUGGUUCUGAUGACUCAGGAUUCGAACCGCAAAACUCUGGGCGCCUGGAGCCUGUCGGAGGGCAACCUGCCCGAGGCCUUGAGGCGCUGUCCACACCCGACACCCCUGCCACCCGUGGCCGGCAGACCUACCCACCUGGAUGUCGGGUCAUGUGUCUUGUCUGUGUCCAGUCAUCGUCCCGAGUGGAUGUGGCAGACGGCCACCCGGGGUAGCAGCGACGUGGCCCUCAACGAACUGAGGAAGGAACGAGACGGACGCUGCCCCACCCCCGGGAGACUAACCUCUCACCUCCAGCCGCUCAGCACAGGGUCAAAGGUCAUGUCCACCAGCAGCAUUCAGACACCGUGAGCACGCCUCCAGUCACGUGGUGCAAGUCCCGUCUGUCAUGUGACCUGUGUGAUUUGUGAUACAAGGCUGGCUGGUGCCAGCAGACAAGAGUCCAUCGUGGUGGAGGUUGUGAUCCAGGCACACCUGCCAGGUGGAUGGCCAACGAUUUUCGCGGAGGAAAGAGACGACAGGUGUUUGUGCUGUGUAAACAUGGCCGUGCGUCACCUGACACAAGUGUGCGCCGCACCUGCUCCUCCCGACAGCGAACACCUGCUGCAGUGACGUUUAUCUACCUUCUGAACACAACACCUGCCCACAGGUGACCUGACGCCUGACUUUCUGUCACAAGGUUGUGCACCUGUCUAUUUCACAAGCGCACCUGAAGUUUUGCACCUGUUUGACCUUUUGUAGAGUUCGAUGUCCCCACCUCACACCUGGCACCCACCCGUUGACACCUCAGCUUUGUUGUUACCUGUGAUGACAUUCGUGCACUCUUUGGUUUUUCUCCUUGUCACUAAGCACGUGAGCACGCACACAAACUCACUUGCUCUCUCAGGCACACAGACACACUGACACGCAGACACACUGACACACAGACACGCAGACACACUGACACAGACACGCAGACACAGACACGUGUGCAGACAGACCCACUGAUACGUAAUGAGGGUGGAGGACACAUGCACUGUAGAGAUGACGAUGAGGACACAUGCACUGUAAGAGAUGACGAUGAGGACACGUGCACUGUAAACAAGCGGACAGCAGGUGACGUGACCAGCAUGCUAAUGCCCUGAUUAAUGUAAUUAAUUAAUUAACACUUGCCUCAUUUACUAAUCAUCAACACCGGCUGCUGACAUCGACCUGUAGGCACACGCUGUGUACACAGGUGGGGUGGGGUGGUCCACCCUCACAGUUGGCUGGGUGGAUGGGGACAAGCAGCCAGCACGUGCCGCCUGUUGGGGCCACGUGACCUCUCUCACCUGCUAACGACUCAGUGUCGGCCUCGCCACCCAGCGCCGGCCGUACAGUCGGGUGUAGGGGUGGGGUGGGGUGGGGGGAAUAAGUCAGUUGGACAGUUGAUAGUUCAAGGUGGGGUGGGAUUUACCUGACCUGUUUGUCCCACCCUUCUAGCGAGCCUAGCACCGCCAGUGCAACCUGUGAGUCACACCUGAGCGAUGGCCAUGCUCGCCUUGAUGACGUCAUGCACGCGCGCUUUGCACCUGGUGCAGUGGCUUGACUGUGAUGGCAGUGCAUCCCCAGCACCUGUCGCUGAAUCACACGAACUCACCUGAGUACCUCCUUGUGUAGCGCAAGUCUACCUUUCUGCCUUGUACUUAUCCUCACACCCCUUCCUCCGCUGCCCCCCGGAGUUGACUUUUGUCAGGUAACCUCCAUGUUAGCAACACGUGGUCACGUGGUGACACCUGCAGCAUAGACAGACGGAUGCACAGACCGACACGUAGAGAAAGACAAAGAGACAAGGAGACAGAGAAGAUGAGAGCUGGCAGGAGAGAGAGAGAGGAAGGUGUGCACGUGGUGUUGCGAUGACGUCACGGUUGUACCUGUGAGUGGGUUUGUUUUGGUUUGUAGACAUGCUGAACAUUUGCACUUUGACUAACUUGAGUUUUGUAGCUUUGUUUGUUUGUUUGUUUGACCUGUUUGGGAUUUUGUAGACUUCUUGUCGUUCAAACGCCUGCUCGCUACACAUGCGCACUCGACAGACUGCAGUGAGUUGUACUCUUCUUUCGUCACCAGACACACGAUGAUGUCACUAACGGACAUGUCACGUACAGUCAAUAAAAUUCUGUUAUCACAGUUGACGAAACAUGUGUGUGUUGUAU